GGAGUUAAAAACAGCUCUGUGAAGUCGGACAUUCCAGCUUCUCGUGGUUUGCUGCGUUGAUGUCAGUCAUGGCCGAUCAAGCGCUGUUUGCUUACUUUACUUUAUUUAUAAUUAAACUUAGUCUUUCCGUUAGUGAAGAGGCGGACUAAAACCCUUUCUUCGACACAUUUUCUAUUCAAUUAAACAGUUUGGUCCGGAUUUGAGCAUUGGCGAAACUGAAGGUGUCAGAAUAAUUACAAAACACGCUUCAAAGUUGUCGUGUGUGAGUCUGGCCAAUCAUUAAAUACUUCACCAACUUCAGAGCUGUUUUUAACUCCUCCCCGACUGCAAGCGGCUACUCUCGCCGGUCGUUUCAUCAUGAACGUUUUGUAUUCACGGUUACUUGAGCUCUAAAUCAAUGUAGUUUGUCAUACGUAAAGUGAAGGUUCCCUACGUUUUAACAUUUGAGACCUAAUGUAUUUAAAGAUCAAAGCUAUGUUGCAGUCCUAACACUUAUGAAGAUCCCCUACUGGCCAAUCAUACUUGAUCAUGGACGGAGACUAGACAGAGAAGACACCUUAAGGCUCCAGAGAGACUACAGAGACUCAACCAGAGAGACUACAGAAACUUGAGCAGAGAUACUACAGAGACUCAACCAGAGGGAAACUCAACCAGAAACAGCAGUAACCAGACAGAGGAUCAACUAGAGAGAAACAAUCUUCCAGAGACUAGAUACAGGAUCCAGAGAGAGCUGAAUUAUGAAGACACCUCACUGUGAUAUAUGUGGGAAGAGCUUUUCCAUAUCCAAUAACCUUAAAAGGCACAUGAAGAUCCACACUGGAGAGAAGCUCUACAGCUGUGACCUUUGUGAUAAAACCUUUAGCCAAGCUGCAAAUGCCAAAGUUCACCGUAGGAUCCACACUAGAGAGAGGCCCUACAGCUGUGACCUCUGUGGUAAAACCUUUAGCCACUCUGGCAAUUUCAAAGUUCACUGCAAGAUCCACACUGAAGAGAAUCCCUACAGCUGUGACAUCUGUCAUAAAACCUUAAGCAGUGGUAACAGUUUAAAAGUUCACCGCAGAAUCCACACUGGAGAGAAGCCCUACAGCUGUGACCUCUGUGAUAAAACCUUUAGCCAUGCUAACAGUUUCACAAUUCACCGCAGAAUCCACACUGGAGAGAGGCGCUACAGCUGUGACCUCUGUGGUAAAACCUUUAGCCAUGCUAACUAUUUAACAAUUCACCACAGAAUCCACACUGGAGAGAAGCCCUUCAGCUGUGACCUCUGUGAUCAAACCUUUAGCAGUGUUAGCAAUUUCAACGUUCACCACAGAAUCCACACCGGAGAGAAGCCCUACAGCUGUGACCUCUGUGAUAAAACCUUUAGCCAUGCUAACAGUUUCACAAUACACCGCAGAACCCACACGGGAGAGAAGCCCUACAGCUGUGACCUCUGUGAUAAAACCUUUAGCAGUGGUAACAGUUUAACAGUUCACCGCAGAAUCCACACUGGAGAGAGGCGCUACAGCUGUGACCUCUGUGGUAAAACCUUUAGCAGGUAUAGCAGUUUCACAGUUCACAGCAGGAUCCACACUGGAGAGAAGCCCUACAGCUGUGACCUCUGUCAUAAAACCUUUAGCAGUGGUAACAGUUUAACAGUUCACCGCAGAGUCCACACUGGAGAGAAGCCCUACAGCUGUGACCUCUGUGAUAAAACCUUUAGCCAUGCCAUCAGUUUCACAAUACACCGCAGAACCCACACUGGAGAGAAGCCCUACAGCUGUGACCUCUGUGAUAAAGCCUUUAGCAGUGGUAACAGUUUAACAGUUCACCGCAGAAUCCACACUGGAGAGAAGCGCUACUGUACCCUCUGUGGUAAAACCUUUAGCAGUUGUAGCGGUUUCACAAUUCACAGCAGGAUCCACACUGGAGAGAAGCCCUACAGCUGUGACCUCUGUGACUAUUCAUGUAAAACAAGUGGCCAUCUGAAGAGUCACCUGCGUGUCCACAAUAGAAAAACCCCAAAGCAGUGAUGUCUAGGGCCAAACUGUCCCAGUAGUAGUACUGUAUAGCCUUGUUUUUUGCAUAUUUCUGUGAAACUUGCUAAAUAAACAUUAGCUAGCUACACUAUGUACCCUCUAAGCUAAAUAUCUAUUACUUGUUUGGCCAAUUUGAUGGUUUGGGGGGGAUUCCGUUUUUUCCACUUAUCACCAGAAUGGUCAUAACUUUUUAACAAAAUAAUGCCCACAUAAUUAUGUAUAUUUCAUACGCU